ACUAGAGCAAUUGAAGUUUAUGCUUGAAAUUUAUGCAGGCUGCAAAAACUGGUGAACCAAGUUGGGAGAGCCCUUGGGGUCCAGGAAGACCAGGAUGGCACAUUGAGUGCAGCGCCAUGAGUGCUCAUUACCUGUCUCCGAGAUUUGAUAUUCAUGGUGGUGGUGCAGACCUGAAAUUCCCGCACCAUGAGAAUGAGAUUGCACAGACAUGUGCUGCUUGUGAAGAUAGUGGUGUGAGUUAUUGGUUACAUAAUGGACAUGUAACCAACAACAAUACGUUAGAAGACCUUGUCAAAGCUCUGUCGCCAUAUCGAGAAGAAAUGAGUGAAGGUGUUGGAAAGGCUGUACAGACUGCAGAAGCCAAAGACAUUAUAAAGAAAGUGAAGAGUGAGUUUGAAACAAAAAUGUCAAACGACUUGAACACUGCACAUAUACUCACGGGUGCUUUCCAAGAUGCAAUGAGAUUCAUAAACGUUUCAAUCACCAAGCUCAAGAAGAUGCAGAAGAAGCAGCGGAUGUCACUGGUCGUGUCACUGGUGGAGGUUGAGAAAGCAGUCAGAGAAGUUCUUGAUGUGCUUGGUUUGCUCACAACUGUAAGCUACGCCGAAUUUUUGAAAGAGAUGAAACAAAAGGCAUUAACAAGAGCAGAAAUGGGAGAAGAGGAGGUCUUGCGGAAGAUUGAAGAAAGGAAAAUGGCACGGAAGAAUAAAGAGUUUAAGAGAAGUGAUAAGAUCAGAGAGUCGUUGGCAGUUAAAGGGAUCUAUCUGGAGGAUACACUUGGAGGAACUGUCUGGAGACCCGCCACCCCUUUGAUUUUGAAGCCUAAAUUCGGUUUAGGCAAGAUCGCCUUGAUUUUUGCUAUCAUGUUUAUUUUCGUUGGCUUGUUCUUCUAUAGUCGUUGAAACUCAUUUCAUCAUUUGCUUUAGAGUUUAGACUGUGUUGGACAUAUAUAUAGGUAAAUCCCAAAUAUGAUGAAAUUACUUGAGAUAAA